ACAGCAAGGUAACACGGGCGUGGAAUAAGUAAAGAGGCUACAAGCAAAGCUCAGAGAGAAGGAAGAUGAGGAAAAGCGCCGUGCACUCGAUGCUCUCCUCGCGCGCGCAGUCGCUGACCUCACUCCCAUCGUCCGCAUUGUUUGCAGUCGCCUUCCUUCAUGAGUGGCCGCUUGUUAUCAGGUUCCAGUGAUUUCACGAAGACAGACGCGAUGAUGGGCACGAAAGGUGUCCAUGUGCAGUCUGGACCGUGUCUCGGUGCAGAGCUGACUGAUGAGGAGAAGGAGAUCAUCAACAGCGUCAUUGUGCGGGCCGAAAAAAUGGAGGCAAUGGAGCAAGAGAGGAUUGGACGUCUGGUGAAUCGUCUGGACAACAUGAAAAAAGCCGUUUGUGGGGACGGAGUGUCACGCUGCCUUUUAUGUGGAGAGCAGCUGGGAGCCGGAGGGGACAGAUCAGUGGUUUGUGAGGACUGUAAAAAGAACAUGUGCACCAAGUGUGGAGUGCAGGCGACUGCUCGGCCGCGGUCUGUGUGGCUCUGCAAGAUCUGCAGUGAGCAGAGAGAGGUAUGGAAGCGAUCUGGAGCCUGGUUCUUCAAAGGUCUCCCUAAGCAGUUCUUGCCCUCACCGAUGCCCAUUUCCAGAGAUCCCAGUCCUCAGAAGAGCCCUGCAGCUGCUCCAGCGGCUGUGCAGACUCAAGUACCGGUCGCAGCUCCAGAGCCGACAGUGGAUCCACCGAUCGCCCAAAAACCACCUGUGGCUCCGAAACCUGCUCACCUUCACACUCACAGUGACUCAGAGAAGGAUGGAGAUGCAGGAAGCUCCCAGAAUGCCCCAGUGCUGAUGAAGAAGACGGCGAAUGUCCACGCGGCCAGACCAGUCGCUUCAGGCACAUUCCAGCCGGCAGCUGCUCAGGAGGCAGAGAGAGGAGCGUCUCAGUGUCGUGUGCAGGAGAGAGAGAGAGAGGAGAUGAAGCCCGCUCCACCAGACGACGACGACGAGGCCAACAGCUACGACUCCGAUGAAGCAACCACUCUGGGAUCACUAGAGUUCACUUUACUGUACGACCAAGGGAACAACAGCCUCCACUGCAGCAUUAUCAGAGCCAAGGGACUGAAACCGAUGGAUUCGAACGGUCUGGCAGAUCCUUACGUCAAGCUUCAUCUGUUACCGGGUGCAAGCAAGUCAAAUAAACUACGCACCAAGACGCUGCGCAACACUCGCAACCCUUGCUGGAACGAGACGCUGGUGUACCACGGGCUGACAGACGAGGACAUGCAGCGCAAGACCCUCAGAAUAUCUGUCUGUGAUGAAGACAAGUUUGGGCACAAUGAGUUCAUCGGAGAAACCAGAGUCGCGCUGAAAAAGCUCAAGAUCAAUCAGAAGAAGAACUUUAACGUGUGUCUCGAGAGGGUUGUGCCGACAAAAAGAUCAUCGACUGCAGGCGGUGCUCGAGGAAUCACCCUCUACGAGGAUGAGACUGGGAAGGACGGCUCUGAGCUGGAAGAGAGAGGACGGAUCCUGAUAUCCCUCAUGUACAACACUCAGCUGGGUCGCCUCAUCGUAGGCGUUAUACGCUGUGUUCACUUAGCAGCAAUGGACGCCAAUGGGUAUUCUGAUCCUUUUGUCAAAAUAUGCCUGAAACCUGAUAUGGGGAAGAAAGCAAAGAACAAAACGCAGACCAAGAAGAAAACACUCAACCCUGAGUUUAAUGAGGAGUUCAGCUAUGAAAUUAAGCAUGGAGAGCUGGCCAAAAAGACCCUUGACAUCUCAGUAUGGGACUAUGACAUUGGCAAAAGCAAUGACUAUAUAGGAGGCUGUCAGCUGGGUAUCACUGCCAAAGGUGAGCGUCUGAAGCACUGGUACGAAUGCCUCAAGAACAAAGACAAGAAGAUCGAGCGCUGGCAUACUCUGCUCAACGAGAAUCACGUCUCCAGUGAUUAGGCUCUUGAAGCGUUCUGCAUGCCUUUAAGUUCUACUCGGCCCGUUUUACAACUCCAUUGCCCUCCACUAACUGCAUAUCCUGAGCUAUAGCGAUCUCGCUCUUGUCUGGCUGACACGAGAAACAAACCGUGAUGUCUGGAGCUCUUCUGUUCACUGUGACCCACACAGACGUCUGUAGGUUAGCACUGAAGUGUUAAAGAACUGCACAAAGACCUUCACUAAUCCGGCCACAGUAGCAUUGUGAUUUUAGUUCUAGUUUAAGAACAACUGUAGAAACUCCAAAUAAUUAUCUUGUUGUGGGAAUGCGUUAGUGUAAUAUUAAGUCUCUUAGCAAUCUCUCUGAAUAUAAAGCACUUGGAAAGUAUUUCUCCUUAAAAAAAACCUAAAAAACUAAAAGAGGCCGAUACAGAAUGUAAAAGCCCUAUUUAAACCAGUCUCAGAUUGUUUACAGGCCAUGCAGAAUGUCAGGUAAAAUUAUUAAUUCUAUUUAGCGACUUGUUUAAAUACCUUCAACAUCAGAUUUACGCGAGGCAAUGUUAUUUUCGUUUCACUGAUACGCUAUAGUUGUUUUGUUUUUUGUUAGAUUUUAUUUUUAUAUUUUGAAAAACUAUCAUUUUUA